AUGGCAUUACCACUGAUCCUCUGUGCACGCAGACGCAAGGAUGCAGAUUCCAAGUUUCUGAUCGUCGCAGUCAUGCUGGGAAUGGUGAUCUUUCUUGUGGGCCUCAUAUUUCUGUCCACAAUAUACGUGAUCCUCGGCCCUUUGCUUCUAACGGCUGUCCUGGCCUGGGACCUUCAAUCCUUGGACUUGAAGCGGCCCAGCACGAUUUGCCUCACGCUAUGCUUCGGCUUGAUGUUUACGUGGUGCUGCUGCACCUUGUCCUUCCCCUGGAUGUUCUGGAUAUUGCAGGAUUACCUAGUGCCAGAGUAUGUCAUCUUGCUCGGAUUCUUUCUUGCACAGAUGCUCCUCACGGCAGCUCUGCUGCUGCUGGCAUACAUGGGACCGCCAGGCAGCUUCUAUGCAAGCGAGAAAGUUGAGGACAUGCACUGGGGCGUCUUCUCCAGGCUCUCCUUGAGACUUUGUGGUCUCGCGAUUGAUUGGCACACUUACACAACUCUCCUGUUCAAUCUUCCUUCUGUGCAAUUUGUCCCACCCGCCUUGCAAACGUACGUUGACAGAUUCAUCGUGCGCCCUUGGGGCCUGCUCAGUGAAUUGCGUGAUAGUCAAGACACGAACUUAGCUGGACUCUUGGUGAUCAUGGCCAUUCUGCUGCUGGGCAUCCCUGCGUUCUUGAUGUUGUCCAUGUUCAAGGAGGACACCUUCAAGGCAGCGCGCAAGAUGCGAGGCACAUCAUUCCUUGUCCCUGUACUCAGCAUGGUCCCCCCACCUGGGGACGCAGUGGAUGCUGUAGAAGAAGUGUGCGGCGUCAUGCUCCUGCCCUGCUUAAGUUGCUUCCUCAGGAUUCUCGCUUGCAAGGGUGAUGACUGCAGGGUGGGCUUGUCCCGUGAAGCCGGCAGCUUCUUGGCCAGUGCGCUGCUCGCCUCCUACCUGCCCUUUGUCUAUGCCGGGGGCGUGUGGAUCCGAUUGACAGAUCCGCACCAUUCCAGACACCGUUCAGGUAGCAAACUGGUAAAGGCUGCGGGGCAUCUGCUGUUGGAGAGGCCUCUGAAGGUGCUUGUGGUUGGAGUGAUGAUUGCUUGGCCAUCAGAAUUCCCUGAUGUAGCCUGGACUGCUAUUGCACUCGCAGCUUCCACCGGACUGGCCUUGAGCAGUCGGUAUAUUGGUGCCAGCAACCAUCGGGGCUUUAACCACCUUCACGAGUUUGUUUGCUGGUCGAUGUGCCUCAACACUGCCAUUGGCUUUGUUGUCACAUGCUUGCAUGAUGCGAAAGUUCUUGAGGUCUCUAUUCUGCCAGCUGUGGCUUGGCUCAUUCUGCAAAUGAUUCUCUGGCAGUGCUUCUACGGUUCCCUUGCAGAUCAGGGAGUGGUAGCCGGCAUCUUUGUAGCGAAGAGAAAUCAGGCUGCACUGCGGCGAUGUGUCCGUUCCUGUGCGUUCUUCACAUCUCUGGGACUUCUGCUUCUCUGCACGUUUACGAACGUCCUGGUCGACAGCCUUGGUGUCCACCUCGAGGAAACCUUCAACUACAGCUCGAACUUUAGCAUUUACAUGGAGGACUGCUCCCUCAUCAUUGUGCCGUGCAAUCAAGUCCCAAUUGGGGAACAGAAGGCUAGGUGCAAGUCCGGGGAGGCGGGUGGGAUCAUCAGACUGUGGACGGGCGUACAGGACCCUUUCCCCCAAGAAAAUCGUAUUCGAUUCCACGCAGACAACAUGCUGGGCAGUAUGAACCAUCCGGUGCCAUCCAAGGAUGCUCUCAAUUACAAGACAUGCGAGAUCCUUAUGUGGACCGAACCAGGGGACAGCCUCGAGAUUUUCAGCGCAGGCUCUAGCACGAUAUACAUCAACACCUCUCUGAGUGCACUUACUAUCCGUCAUCUCAGGAAGCUCGACGGUGGUGCCAAUGCCAACACUGUUAAUGCUUCCGGGAAUGCUUCCGGGUGCCCGACCCUGCAUUCAUCUGUCACAGUGACUGGCGUGCAAAACUUGUAUUUCUGGUCUGAAUGCCCGAGCAACUUCUGGGCUGUGCUUGAGAAGAGCUCAAGCCCACAUAGCUUACUCAACUUGACGGUCAACAUCAGCCACGCUGAGCGCAGCAACGUGGACAUCAGGUUUACGGGCGCGCAGGCUGGCAGCAUUGUGGACUGCCUGGAUCUUGAGAACUUCACCUGCCUCGACACAGAACUGGCACCAGACCCUGCUUCCCCUGUUACUUGUGGCAGCAGCAGCAGCAACCCAGACCUUGUCAUGCUGACUGAUUUGAAGAAUGCACACCUUGCAGUUGGAGAAGACCAGGAGCAGAGGCUUCUGAAGAUCCCUGGCAACCUGCGCAACCGCACGCGCACGGAAAUGCUGAAGGCCCUCACCAGGAAGACCUUCACUGUCUUCAAGCGGGGAUCGCUCGAAGAAACAGCCUUUCUGCAGCCGACAGCUUGCCCAACAUUCGUGCAUCUGCCUUGGCAGACCCUGAAAGGGAUGAAGCCCUGGUGGAUCGUGGCCUCGUCCAGUGGAUUGUUCCCAAGUCGGCCAUCUUUCGUUGAAUUGGAGUACGAGGGCUGUGCCGAGCCGCGUGGCCCAGCGGAGCUUCUGGCAGAGACACUUCCACACGUUGCCCUCGUCCCUUCCGCAGGCAGCGGGGAGCUCUAUGAGACAACAUGGGUGCUCUUUACGACUACGGGAGGGUAUGACGACAUCCCUUUAAGCGAAAACGCUUGGGCAGUUCUUGCUAUUACACUGUGCGUUCUGGUUGCGCUCUGCGUUGGUCUUGCUGGUGGAUUCGCUGCCAUACUUGGAAUGCGCUACUUGGGUGACCGCAUAGUGCCCGCAGCAUCGCAGCAAAGCAUCCGCUCCCCAUGGCAAGCCUUUCGCGUACUACAACAUCUCCCGUGUUUUUGGAGCUGCCUUUCUUCCGGUGUGGCCUCUGGCGUGGCUGGUGCUGAGAAUGUCAUGUCCGAGCUCUUGUCCAUGCCGCAGGUCCUGUUGCGAUCCCGGCAAGAAGCGGAAGACCUCGUUUCCGCAACGACCAUUUGGGACAUGCUGGAUUCCAGUAGACGAAUCUCCCAAAACAGCCAGACAAACCCAGCAAGCCCUGAGUAUGACAGAUUGUGGCUUGAGUUUCUUGAGAUCGUCAGCCAACAUAGACAGCGGCGGCAGAGUUUCGCCGAUGUGGCUUUGAAUCUGCACCGGAAGCAGAAGGUGAUGAGAAGGUUUCAAAAGUUCCGGAACACAGUGCAGAAAGUGAAUCUGAAGCAGCUCAAACGAGGUGCUUCCAUGAAUCUGCAGGCUCUCAGACAAGGUCGGGACAAGCUGCACGUUAUCCAACGUCUCGAAGCACUUUCACCAAAAUCAAGAAGUUUCGAGCGGCUGCCUCUUCGGCCGGACGAGCCGGAGCCCAUUGAGCCCAAUUACGGCAUUAAAGAUCUUGAUGAGCUUGUGUCCGAACUGAAGCAAGAUAAGCGCAAAGGGCAGGAAGCAGUGGCCGAUGUGGCAGCCAACAUCAGGGACAUCUUACCUCGCGCGCGUUGGGCCGCCACAAGGCGAUUGAAGGAACUUGCCCAACUUGCCCAACUUGCCCAACCCACCGCGCAGGACCAAGCCGAUACCCUUGGCGACUUGAAAAUUCAGCCUGACUUGCUGAAAGAGUCGCUGGAAAUGGUUCUGCCCGACCUGUUCAGUGCAGUCACUGAUGAUGCCCCUAACGUUGGAGAGAACGCAGCCCUUGCACUGCACGCUGCCCACAUGGCACACAUCUGCUCCGACGGGUUGAAAGUUGCAAGUGCUGUGUCACAGGCUGCAGUGCGCAAUGUGCUCCUUACCAGUACGAGCCGUACGAGCUGUGCAGAUAGUACAGACGCGGAUGACAACAUCACGAGCCUCAUCAAUGCCAUGAGUGACCUCAAAGUUUCUGAGAGCAGAAGCAUGGUCUAUACCAUUCCUGCUUUGAUGCAGAUUGCAAUCCUGGGAGCAAAAGACCGCACGCCCAUCAGCGAUCUUGCCGUCAGUACAUUAAAGAAGUUCUGCGAGUCAGAAUCUCAGAAGGAGAAAGACCAAUGUGAUGUCGCAAGAGCGAGGUAUGCGUUCAGCCAUUCUGUGUCUCUCAGCAGCGCCGCUAUGCAGCUGCCAGCGAUGAAUACUUCAGAGCCGAAAAGCUCCAGUCACGGACCGUCCGUGCGGUCACAGAUGCUGUCGCAGCCCAAGGCCAUGAAGAACGUUUGCUGUCGCCGGUGCAGGACACGCACAAAAUCAGCGGAGGAGAGGGUCUACCGCCAGCAGCUGACCCAUCAUGAGGCCAGUCGCCUGGUAGAUGCGAUUUCCCGCUACCAGCAGAUCACACGACCACAGGUGACAGAUCUCUUCGACAUGACGGGCACGGAGACGAAGAGGGCCUUCCGUGCCUUCGGCAUCAACGUGAAAAGCCCCGAGGACUUUGAGCAUCCCGAGGAUUUACAGGAAGGUGUGACGCUUGUCCUGGAGUCCUACCAAAAGCCUCGGCAUGUCAAUCUCUUCGCCAUUCAAAUACUUGCACAAAGAGCAGAGGCUUUGCAGACAAUUAUCAAGAAUGGUCCACCCCCAGCUUCAUCGGAUCGGAAGGUGAGACUCCGCUUGCCACAUGUGGUCCCAGUUUUCCGACCUGGAUGGCUCCAAACGGACCUCUUGUCAGGAUUAUUUCACGCCUUCAUUUGCGUGUUCUUCUCCUUCUGGCCCUGUGGUAUCGCUUUGGGCUUGGCCCUGGCUGCGGAGCCCUAUGGACAUUGGGCACCUCGGGAGAGACUGUCGAGCCUGUAUGUCUUUGACAGAGUGAACCUACUACCCUGGCGACUUAUCACCAUGGAGCCGCCUUUCUGGUACCUUGUUCCUUUCUGCAUGGCUGUCUUUGCAGUGCUCUGCCUGAGCAGCCUCUGGGCCCACUGGUCUUCCUCUAUUCCCAGCACAUUCAUGUACCUUGCAGCAGAUGCCUUGAAUCGCAAGACCGUGUUGCAGAAGCGGCAGGUCCUUGCGGACGGUGCUUUGAACCAGAACUCCAAGCAUAGCAGCAUAGCGCUAGACGCCUCUACAGGCACUAGCUGCUGGUCUUGCGUGUCAUUCCUUUACCAGCUUUGUAACAGUGCAGUGAUCGGCGUUCAUGAACUUUGUCACGUAUACCCCUGGAUCUGUUGCGCCUUCAUGGCCGCCGCAGCUUCCGCGUACGGAGCACUAGUCCUGAUUUGGCUUGCAGUGGGCUUGUUGGUUGACAGCGCCCGCGUCGUGCCGCUGGUCACGUCACUUGUAAGUUUCGGGGCUCUGGUGGGACGGCGAGCAAGCGCCUGGUUCAGCUUCAAAGCAAAGGUGCGAGCAGAGCUUCAGGAGCUUGCUGACAACUUCUUGUUUCGCCUCGUUGGGGCGGGUGUGGCUUCGCUGACGCUCCCAUCGGAAGCAUCGCAGACAAGCUACGAGCGGCUGAGAGCUGGCAACGGCAAUGACUCCGACUUGUUUGAUGUCCUUGCUCGACAGCAGGGCGAGAGUGAGAAGGUCGUCAGUGUAUUGCGGGCACGCCUCAUCUACAGACUUUUGCUCUCGAAGGCACGCAUCGAUGCAGUGCUGAAGGACGUCGACGUGGAGUUCGUGAUGAACAUCGACGGAUUCUUGAAGUUUCAGAAGGCAAUCCGAGCCAAUGUAAUCCAAUGCAUGUUAAACCACUUGGGCUUGGACAACGCCUCGGGCUUUCGAUUCUUGAGGCGAGUCUCCGUCUUUGCCUUCUUGCUCUUUACUGCGCUCUUGGUCGUGCUCUGGGCAUUUCCGAUAACGUCUUCUGGGGAUGAUCCUUUCGCGGUGAUUUUUUCGGGCUUGAUGCCUGCAGCACUGGGAUUCGUCCUCAGUGGCACCUUGCCGUCGAGGCCAGAGAACCAAGAUCUAGUCCAGAAACUGCAGGACUGGCUCACGGAGUGGCAGGUGCGGGCAGUGGACUUUGUGAGCCAUUCACAAGUUGCGGCGAAGAAUGCUGCUUUGGAACAAUGCCCGGACAACCCCUUAUUCCACAAAGUGAAGGCCUGGUUGCAGCGCCUGGACCUCUUCACUAUUGGCUGCAUGCUGGAAGAGCUCGGGGAUUCGAAAUCUUUCAUCGACAUCACUUUACAUCCUGCGCUGUUAUUGUCGAAGCUCUCCAAGUGGGAAGCCCAGGACCUUGUCCCAGCCUCCCUGUUGGAUUCCUUGUGGUGCACCUUCGUCGACCAGGGCUUGGAGCUCCUGAACACCACACUGAAGACUCCCUUGCCUGAAAGAGUCGAAGAGGAACUGAAAAACUUCCGGCAUUCGAAGCACUUUAUCCUGCUGCUGAAGGAUGCAGCCGAUGCCAGCGGCAGCCUUUCGAACAUUGAUGGCCAGAUCAUGCAGUUGCUUUGCAGACUGUUGAGAGGCUUGAUCAUUGGUCUUGCCGAGGAUGUUUUGCAAGACCUUUGGGAUCGAUUGCUGGUUUCUGUGUGUUUCGUCGGCACCAACUGUGGAGCGUCGCCGGAACUGCUUGCCAGAUGCCGCAAUCUGGACAUGGCCUCUGCCAAGAGAUGCCUUCAGAUGGGCCUAGUGCGUGUGGAGAAAGAUCUGGCGAUUGCAGGAGCGUCCGGCUUGAGGUCCGUCGUCGAACAGCUGGCUUUGCAGGUCUUCACCUGCACGCUACAGUCCAUGCUCCAAGAGCUGGUGGUCCAUCCACAAGCAGCCACUGCUUUGGAAUAUCUCCUCGAGCUCCUAGACGAGGUGGAAACCUUCUCAGACCUACUGGACAUCCUAAGAGACCCUAAGAAAUGGAUGCGUCUUGCUACUGCCGGUGGAGAUAUGGGCAUCCACCUCAUCGUCAUGGGCCAGAAGCAGUUCUUGGAGCAAGCAGUCGGGAGAAGCCUUAACGAAGAGCAGGUCACGCUUCUUUGCAAGAGUUGCGGGACCUUCUUUGCUCAAGGCGUCGCCAAAGGCGGAUUGCCUUGGAUGAUGGAGACGCUGAAGAAUCCAGAGCCCUUAGCCCUGCACUUGCUGGACUUGGAGCUGGACCAGCUGAUGGUUUUGGAGCCUAUUUGGGAUUUUGCGCAAAAGAAAUGCCUGGCAAACUUCCCUUGGGCAAGGGACUUGCUUCAGGCGCCUCUGGAAAAUCUUGGGCUGCAGGAGCUGCUAAUGGGUGUACAGGAGGUCAGGAACCUUCGCCCACCCGGCCAGGCACUCACGGAUCUUGGCCUUGUCCUCGUCAAGGGUGCGUUGCUUCAAGCAUUCCCGCAGCUCAAGCCGAAGCUCAAGCCGGUACUGCACUGUGUGACAUUACAGAGCAUCCAGGGGCUGAGGAUUCAACCCAUGACCUUCACAUCACUUCAGGAGCGCCUGGAGGAGCUUGCAGAGGGGCUCGUCAGUGACUUCGGCGAGGUGAUCGUGGACCUGGCAAUGCGGAACGUGCCGGUCGGUGCCCGAGAUCAGAUGGCCAUUGGCGCCAUGAAGUUUAGCCGCGAGCAAGUGCGUUCCUUCGCGAAGCUUUUCCUCGAGCAGAACGCCAAGGCCACCAAGGCCUAUGGCUCUCCAUGGGCAGCUGCCGAGGCCUUCAUGAAGGCGUUGUCACAACCCCACAGAUUUCUGGACCUGAUCCUGCAGCCGCUGCUUCAAAAGAAACUCCCAGAAGAGCUGGAGGAGUUGCUCCAAGAUGUGUGGAAGAAGGCAAUGAGCGCCAUUCGAAAGAUUGUGCCGGAAGAUGGGUGCAUUGCCGAGCUUCUCAAGGAGUUGCCUGAGGUGGAGUUGAGCAUCGACCGCACGCAGUGUCUUCAGCAGGUCUUUGGCAGCAUACGGGAUAUUCAGCAGCAGAUGAUGGCUGGCAGCAUGGAUGAGCUCUGCUUUCUGAUCUUUAAGAGCGGCCUUGUGAGCCUCUGCGACGCCAAAAGUUCCAAGAUACAGGAUUUCCUGGGUUACAAGCUGGACAGGGGGGUGGCUAAAUCAAUCCUCAUGAGCCUCACCCUGCCUGAGUUGAAGCAGCUGGUCUACCAGCUGGUGCAGGUGAAGGACAGACUCACACAAGCACUGACGCAGUUUGCCGUGUCGAACCUGGAGCUUGCCCUCACGCAGCUUGUCGCACAUCAUCUGGACGAUAUCCUCCCCAAAGAAGUCCAAAGACAUUUCGAGCAGAGAUUGGAGGUGGAGCAUGUGAUCGCAGUGGCAAAGAUGCUCCGAUCACAGAAGUUCGUCGAAUGGACGAAGCCGGAGGAGAUACUGGUGAGCGUGAAGAAGCUCCUCCAGGAUCCCACAACCUUGCUGCUGAGGGUCCUUCAGGGUCCCAUUCCGAAGGAGCUGCCCGGGAAGGAGCUGUGCGAGCCCCUUCUGAAUCUUGCGAAGGGCGAGCUCAAGAACUUCAUGCACAGUGUUACUGGUGCUGCGGGUGUCAAGUCGGCCGACCAAACCUCGCAGUCAUUGGCCGACAAGAUUAUGAGCAAUUUAGAGGACAUCACAAUUGAGGAGCUACAAGACGUUUUUCGGAAGACCAUCCGGCCGGGUAAGAAGAGAGAAUACCUCCCAUUCGUGUUUCUGAAGGCGGUCCUGCUUCAUGCGGCGGAGGAGAUAAGUGACCUGCUGCACCUUGAGGAGCGAUUGCCCGAGUUCGAUUUUGAGUCGGUCAUCAUGCCUCUUACUAUGGCCGAGAUGAAGAGGCUCCUACAACAGAAUGACUGGGACGUUGUAGUAGAGACUCUCAAGGAGUUUGCGCGCAAGAACACCGAGCUUGUCCUCGCGAUGGCCAUCACAAAGGCCUUGGAAGAAUCGAGCCUCGUCCUCCCGGAAGAGGUCCGCCCCUAUCUGGACGCAAAAUGCAUCAUAGCCAGCGCCAGGGCCCUGAAAUCACACUUGAAGUUGACAAAUCCCGCCGCUAUGGUGGACAAGUUGAAGGACCUGCUUCAAGACCCUUGGGCUAUGGUGCUGCAACUUCUCAAAGACCUCACCGAGGAGCAGGCGUCCUUGCUGGAGCCCUUGUGGAUGGCAGCGGUGAAAUGGCUCUUUGCAUUGCUGGACGGCCAGAUCGGCGUCCGCGAAGCGAUGAAGAAACUUGGUGAGAAGAACUUCUUCCACUGUGUCCCCUCGCUCCUGCAACAGCUGAAGCAAGCAGUGAUCACAAAGGGAACUCAAUGCCUCCAAUCUUGGGAGGAACUUGUGCUGCUCAUGCUAAGAGUCUCGCUUCUGAGUCUCGAGGAUGUUUUUGAAGAACGUCUUGGCCGAAAAGGGCGUGUUUGUGUUCAUUGCAUGCUGCAGCAAACAACUGCAGCCGACUUGAAAAAGGUGUGUGCCGACUUCUACCAGGAACCAGAAGCAACGCUGGAGCGUUUCACAAGCCACCUUGACAUUGAUGUAGCAAUCAUGCUUGCGGUUGCCACGUGCCCCCAACUGGGCCAACUCGAUGAUGCCGGCUACGAUGUGGCGGGCAUUGCCAAGCUCCUGGUCAGCUGUUCUGACUCUUUCGAGCUGUCUCGCUUGCCGUCAAUGCUCUCCGACUUGCUCCAAGGUGAUCCUGAAGGGUCCUGGGCGCUGUUGCUGAGGCUGCUCAGAAAGGUGGAAGCUGAUCAGCUGUCGCCGUUGGAGGGUAUUUGGGCCAAGGCGCGCGACAAGGUCUUGAUCCUGUGGAGCUCUUGGAGCUCUGCAGUGGAGGCGAAGCUGGAGGCAGGAGUCGUCCAGGUGCUGAAGGAGACCACGCUGAAGGACGUGCACCUGCACUUGAAAGUUGCAGCAGAGCAAUAUACAAGCUACGACGCUGUAAUCCUGAAGGCCGUCCUCUUGUACCUGCAAGCCGGCGUGAAGCCAAAGCUCCAAGCAAUGCUUGAAGACAGGCCAGGGCUAGAGAAUUUCUUUCGCGAGAAACUCCGCGCCUUCGACGCAGUCGAGAUCACGGAUCUCCACGCGGCCAUCCGCGCGGUCAGGAGUUUUGAUUGGACGAGCUUUGCUUGCAAGAGCAAGCUGAUUUUGGCUCGUUUUCAGGUUUCAUAA